GAUGGACAUGCAGGAGUGCGCAUGCGCCAUAUAUUGACUGCGGUCACCUGCUAUGGGAAGUGCAGACACGACCUAUAUCCAGUAUAGUGACUGAAUUAAACUGAACUCCACUCGCACAAGAGUAGGACCAGUUCAUGUGCGAGCUACAGAUUGCCUAUUUACCAGAAGAAUGUUUUGCUGAUGUAGUGCUUGAGAAUCAGGCUGUGGUGCAAAGAUCCUCCCAUGGCUGUUAGAACCAUGGACUCAGAGUCAACACGAACACCUCAGCCCCAGGCUGCCUUAACCAAUGGAGGUCACUCCUUGCUGUCUGCUGGGGCUCUGGGUACCACACUACGCACUCAAAGAAAGCACUACAUCUGCGGCUCCAUUGCAGCUUUUACCAAUAUUGUGGUGACCUUCCCCAUCCAGAAGGUGCUUUUCCGCCAGCAGCUGCAUGGUGUGUUGGCCAUUGAGGCAGUGCGGCAGCUUCAGAGGGAUGGACUGAGGAAUCUUUACCGGGGUCUGCUGCCCCCACUGCUCCAGAAGAGUACUACGGUUGCCAUUAUGUUUGGCCUGUAUGAAGAUUUCUCCAGAGUCUUAUUGAACCGAGCGGACGGCAGUGGCAUUCCAGAGCUGGUGACACGAAGCUUUGCUGCAGCGUUGGCAGGAACUGCAGAGGCAGUCCUGACGCCAUUUGAGCGCGUGCAGACUCUUCUGCAAGACCAUCGGCAUCACGGCCGCUUCAACAACACAGCCCACACGUUCAGGACACUUCUGACUGAGUAUGGUGUCAGAGAGUGUUACCGCGGCCUCGUGCCCAUACUCCUUCGUAACUGCCCUAGCAACGUUCUCUUCUUUGGGCUGCGGGGGCCCAUUAAAGAGCAGCUCCCAGAAGCCACUAGCCGGGCCGGUAAUUUGGUCAAUGAUUUUGUGUGUGGAGGGGUUUUGGGGGCUGGCCUGGGGAUUAUGUUCUAUCCACUCAAUGUUGUCAAGUCCCGGGCCCAGUCUCAGGUUGGUGGGCCAUUCCAGUCUUACCGAAAAGUGUUGCUGACGGUGUGGACGGAGAGGGGUGGCAGUGUCCGUAUGCUCUUCAGAGGUGCUCACCUCAACUACCACCGAUCGCUGCUCUCCUGGGGAAUCAUCAACGCCACCUAUGAGCUGCUGCUGAAGCUCAUAUGAUGAAGGAAUGCAGACGGAUGGAGAGAAAGAAAAUUGGUCAAAGGGAAAAGGAAAUUGUAGAAACGGGUAAAGGAGUGUGUCCUUAGAGAGAAACUGUAAAGUAAAGCCUAUGCACUCUGUGCCUGGUCAUGCUUCUGAGACACUGGGGUAUCUCUGACCAAGGGAAGCAAUGACGAGGCAGUUUUUCAGUUGGUGUGAGAAUGUCCUGCCAUUGUGACAGUUUACUAAUAUAUCAAGUUUUAAUGACAUAAUAUGCACACUGUAGACCAUACAGAACUCCAGGGUCCAAGAGGAACUCCCCUGUUUGCUCUGUGUACAAAGAUUUGACGGAGCAAACUGAACUGCUUCAUUCACACACACGUUUGACAGGAUCAAGUGUUUUGUAGAAAAAGUUGUUUCCUGUGUGCUGUGGAAAAUGGUGGACAUCAUUUUUUUACUCAGAGAACUUUGUCUAUAAAGCUGAAAUCUGCCUUUAACCUCUUUUGUGCUUCUUCUGUUCAGUAAAAUAAAAUCAUUAGUAAUUAGAAGUUUAUACAUGAUUAUGCUGACUACAGGAUGUGGUUGUUGUCCAAAAAGGCACAGAAAUGCUUUCUUUUUGAUUUAAAAAAAAAAUCUCUUUUCAUACAAAUUUAUCCAUGUAACCUUUUUAUUGUAGAGCACUGUUUGCCACGUGUGUCAGGGAUUCACUGUAUGCAUGUUUGACAUGUGACAAGUGCCCAUUGAUGUGUCAGUAAACCAUACAAUUACCCUCACGUCGUGUCUGUUUUUAAAAUAUAUUUCAAAUUGUACAAAUAUUGAAGUAAUAAUUAAACUAAGAUUAAUUAUUUAUUUGAAUAAUGUAAAAAAAAACUCUUAAAAUUGGUACUUUGUUCUAACCACCAAACAUUUAUUUUCAGGCAAAGGGACAAAACUAACCUGACCAAAUUAUGAAUGAUACCUGCAAAUACUCUAGACUUCAAGACAGCUACAAGUUCAACGCCUGGUCGUUCCUUAAUUAAACUUUAGUCAGUGAGUAAUUGGGGAUAAUAAUCAGUACUUGUUUGUUUGUGGAUUUUGUUCCGUCCGUGUAUAAAAGCCCAGAGCUGCAGUCUAUUUCUGGCCUAUUCAAAUUGCAGCCCAAGGGCCACGUGUGGCCCAGACACAACCUCAGUGUGGCCCAUUCUGUAGUCACUUGAGAAAUGUGGAAAAAAAACGGGAUCAUGACAGUAGCACAGACCAGGAAUAAAACAUUCUCAGUAGCCUAGCAAAAUGCAACCCAUAAUGUAGUUUGCUAUCUGGACACUUGUGCCUCAGAAAGAUAAAAUUAUUGAUGAUCAGUUCAUGAAAAUACUCUUUUGACUGCUUUCUGCUAACAAUUGUCCAAUAAAUCACAGAUUUCAGUUUUUUUUGUAAACAUUAAGAAUUGAACCAAACUCUGGAAUAGUUGCUUUAACACAGAUUCCUUGUGUUUGUUUUGAUUUUGUUUUCCUUUUCUAAAGAUGGAUGUUAAUAGUUUUGUACAAGACUCACUCUCACACUGGGUCACUUCUUUUACAUUUCCUGCUGUAGCGUCUCUCUUGUGUGUCAGUAACAUCUGUUGACAUAAUGGGCUCAGAUUUCGAGCUGGAGUAGACUCUCGUCACCACGUGGCAGCUCUCUGUGAGUUCAGCUGCCUGAAGAGGAAAGGCAUGCUGGCUGGACUCAAGGGGGGGGCGCGGGGGGGAGACGAUUCUGAGAGAAGACAAGGACGGUGUUCAGUGGCACAAAAAGCUCAAGCUGCCGUUUACAUACGUAUCACUUGGCCUAAUUUCCCACUUUACUUCCUGUCUGCUUACAUGGCCCUUGUGUCAUUACACCUGUGUAUUAUUUUUUUUCAGGGGAGUUGCAUUGUUACUUGUUGUUUCUGAAUGUACCAUCCUUUAUGAUUACAUCCCUUAAAGUGCAGAAUUGUAAAUGUGUUAUCUACGGCCAAAUAAAAUGUUCCAACAAUG